AUGAAAGUAGAAAAUCGCAAGAUUUCACAAUUUAUUUCUGUAACAAACAGUAACUGUUAACAUUGUAAUUUUGAUAAGGUUAAUGGAAAAUGUAUUGCUUUUUAUAAUCAUUAUUCAUAAAAUUUGAGUAAUGGAGAUUUUACGACCACAGAUUGUUCGAAUUGGUAACAGGUGUUAUAGAAAGAAUCCGGUCCUGCAGAGAGAGGGUAACACAGCUGAAGAAGAAGAAUUUACAGAUUUUAUACCAGAUUCUUCCGGUUGGAAUGAUGAAACAUGUACGCUAGAUACACCGGACAUAGAACAAACUUCAGAUGGGUUUCAAACAGCAAUUCAAGCACCGAACGGACUUCUCAAGUUUGUCAUUGGGAAGAAAGGUGAAACUAAGAACAGGUUGGAGGUGGAAACACGCACAAAAAUACGAAUACCUAAGCAAGGACAGAAAGGAGAUAUAGUAAUUCAGGGACAUGACAGAAAUGGAGUGAUGUCAGCCAAGACACGUAUAGAUGUUCUUUUAGACUCAGGAAGACAAAAAACUCCAUUCACACAUUUCCUGUCUAUACCAUUCAAUGCUAAACACUUCCAAGACAGUCUGACAGAUUUCAAGAAUGAUGUGUUAAGGGAGUGUGAUGGGGAUCGUGGUGUAGAUGGUAGUAUAUUUCAGACACCUUGUAAACUUCACCUAACAAUUGGUUGUCUGGUAUUACUGGACGAGACAGAUAUACGUAAAGCUGUUGAUACAUUACUAGAAUGUCGGGAAGAUCUUAUUGAACCGAUUCUUAGAGGAGAGCCCUUACAUGUACAGCUACAUGGUCUAGAAUAUAUGAAUGACGACCCAUCUGAAGUUGAUGUCCUCUAUGCCAAGGUGAAGGACACAUCUGACAGGCUACAGAUAUUAGCGGACAGAUUGGUGGACAAGUUUACAAGUACAGGAUUGAUGCAGAGGGAGUAUGAUAAAGUUAAACUACACAUCACAGUCAUGAAUACACUGUUCAGAAAAGAUCCUACAGGAACAGAUGAGCCAGUUAGGAAACAAGAUCGAGGUCGGAGAGAAAGGGAGUCCUUUAAUGCAAUCAAUUUGUUGAAGAAAUUUGGAGACUACAGGUUUGGUGAAGACACUGUGAAUAUUGUUCAUUUAUCUCAGAGACAUAGUUUUGGAAAAGACGGCUACUAUACAUGUGCUGGAACUUUAAACUUUUCAUGAUCUGUGAUUGAACAUUGGUCUUACUUUAUUUAACAUUAAAUUAUUGAAAUUGUGGAAAAUAA